UUCUCCAUGGAAUAGCUUUACGUGGAGAAAAAGGAAUAGCUUUCCUUCCCCUAUGGAAAUGACCAACGUUGAUAUCAACUAGGGAUUAUAAAAUUGCCUGGGGAAUGCCUGGGGAAGUUUUGAGAAAAUAUUGGCAACGUUGCAUUCAACGCCCGUGGCUACUUUCGGUUUUCUUUAGCUCUUGCGAUUCAAGGUUACACGUCGCGCUUUUCGACAGCAUGCACGCCGACGCGCUGGAAGCCAUCAUGUAAAAUCUUGUUGAGGCGAACGCGCGUGCAACGACACUCGAAAGAAAGAAGACGACGACCGAAAGCGGACAAACGCGCGUUGAAGGAAUUCGAAGGGCCCCAACAAUGCGCGUAGUAAGCCUACAGCGGCUGCGUUAGCGGUGCAGCAUGUUCUAGCAGCGUUUUUAUUUUCGCACAACACGGGAUCAAAGCCGUUAUCUGUCGGCGCAAUGGAGUGUCAACAAAAACAGGAGGUCGAAACGUUUCUGCAUUCGGUCCUGAGCUGCGAGAAGAAUGGAAUUCCUCUCUCAAAACUGCAAGAGGAAUACACUGUUCUGAUUGGCAGCCCUAUACCUUUUCAAAAGUUUGGCUUUGACAGGCUGAUUGACUACAUAAAGAGCAUUCCUAACACAGCUGCUAUUCGAAAGUCACCUGACAAUGGAUCAAUCGUUGUGCAAGCUGUGUACAAACCCGUGACUGCUCAUGUAUCACAGCUUGUUGCUGGUCAGAAGAUGGCAGCCAAAGCAAUCCCAGCCAGGCGGCCAGCUAGGACUGGCCCCAGUGUUAGGUUUGCCUGCUAUCAAAGCAAACUGGACAACCAAAAGCCAUCCACCACACUCCCAGUUCUUAGCCCCAUGGCGAUGCCACCUAGGAAGAUUCACCGUGGCACGAGCAGAGGGCUGCCUCCCCUGAGGCAACCAUCGGCUAAGCCCGGCUUCAAGUAUGAGGUUCCUCCCAGGUGGCAGCGGCCACGCAAUGGGACAGCUCCUGCUGCAGCAUCUACUAGCCUGCCAGGCAAUGGUACUGAGGAGCCUGUGCCAAGGGCACCCCUUCGCAUGCCUCGGACGGCCUCUAAUGGCUUCUUGAUUCCGCCGUCUGCGAGUGAGCCCGUUCCCCCUUCUCCUGCAUCACCGCCGCACGUGCCUCCGCCGCCCCCCAAGUUGCCUACACCCCCACCAACGCCACCUGCUCCAAAGACUGGUCGUGAGCUGGUGGAGGACUAUGCACGAAGCCGUAACCUUGAAGUGUCGUUAAGUGCCCUGAGCAGCCGCAGCUCGAAAAAGGGGCCCCUGGUGUGGCUGGCAACGCUGAAAGUGGGUGUGCAGUCCUUCAACUCGUAUCCUGAUGAGAAAGAAUCGCGAGAAGAGGCUGAGGAGGAGGCUGUGCGAAAGGCUGUCUGUACCCUUGGACUUAAAGACAAUUCGCAGUGCCAGCUGCCCGAGACCAGUGUAUCGACCCCUAAGCAAGUCGAAAACUUUGUCAAUCGGAAUAAACUGAAUGAGAGUGUCGCCAUGUUUGCCGAGGACAUGACGCGCCUAUUUGGACGGGCUGACCCUGAUAUGCCUGAAGCCAAGAAACUCCGUCAUUUGAUGCGAGGCGUCAAAGAACAGGUUUUUGCCGGCCUUCUCCGCAAUCCACCGACGACCGUUGCGGAAUUCGUCAAAGAGGCUACAGCUAUCGAGCGCACACUGCAGCAACGGUGUCGCUAUUACGACCGACCAAACGGUGCCUCAAUCAGCGUCUCUGCUCUGACGGCCGGCUGUGACGGUUCUCUGCGUGAGCUUAUUCGCGAGGUUGUUCGUGAGGAAAUCCGCAGCUUCCUUGUGACUCCGCAAGAACGGCUAGUGUCGCAAAAGAGCAAUGGCCUCUGGAACACAGUCGUGCCACAAAUGUACCAGGAGCGGUACCACGAGUCUGUUCCGAAGAACUGGUUAGAGCUUGUCAAGGAUUCGAAAGUCGUAUUUGUGACCAAUCUGCGUAUUUCGAGUGGGAGGAGAACCGCUGCAUUCUCUAUCCUCAGUCCAGCUUGGAGAACAAUUCUCAGGCUGGGCUCCAACCCCAAGUCUGCGGCUGAUACACCCAAUCAGGAGUCUGCGGCUGAUUUUUUCAAGAUGGCCGACGUUCCCAACAAGUCCGCAGCUGAUGCAUCCAGUCAGAAGAAGUCGGUGACUGAUGUUGUCAAGGUGGCUGACAUUCCCAACAAGUCCACGGCUGGCGCACCCAGUCAGAAGAAGUCUGCGACUGAUGUUGUCAAAGGGGCCAACAUUCCCGACAAGUUGCCCCUACCCGAGGGUAACCAUUGGGAUGUGUUUGUCACAUUCGCUGCUAGCACGAUACAAGUGUACGUCCGCUUGCUGGAUGUUGCUGACCAAUAUGAUAAACUUGUGGAGGAGAUGAACAGUUUUUACGCACGGAACACUCUGCCCGUCUUGGAAGCUGAAGUAAAGGAACUGUAUGCCACAAAUGUUGAAGACAAUUGGAUGCGAGUACAAGUGCUUGAAGUACAAGAUGGGAAGGCUGAAUGCUUUUUCCUUGACCAUGGUGAUGUCGACUGUGUGCCGGUCAACAAGCUCCAGAAGCUGGAUCCCAAGUUUCUAAAGGUUCCAUUACAGGUUGUUCACUGCCGGUUGGACCAGUUGGGCCACUUUGCUGAUAGCGAGGAGGCAAACAUGCUUUUGAAUGAAUUUCUUGUUGGAAAGUGUCUGAUUGCUCAAGUUAUGGCGAGGCAACCUGACGUAAUAGCGACAUUCUAUGAUACGACAACUGCUGAGGAUGUGAAUCUCAAUGCUCUGCUGCUGAAUCGUCUUCAGACUCCAACACUGCCAGGGCCUGAACAGAUCACGCGAGUGCUGCUCAGUCACAUCGACCUGGAAGGAAAUCUCUAUGUGCAGCCCCGGGGGCCCGGCCUCAACUACGUGAAUCAGUUCAUGCACGUUAUUGGCAAUCACAUAAAGCAAAAUAACCACAAGCCUGCAGCGACGCUUUGCCAGUCAAAGCUGUAUGCCUGCAGGCAGGAACACACGGCCACUUUCUGUCGUGCCCUUCUCCUCUCUGUUGCACGCACAAAGGGCGACAAGGUUUCUGUGAGGCUUGUAGACACUGGCAAGGAGAUGCUGGUGUGUGCGUCUGACCUUUAUGACCUGGAUGUCUUUGGGGAAGGCUUUGUUAGCUACCCACAUCAGGCCAUCAUCUGUCGUCUAGCAGAUGUUGCACCUGGUAAUUGGACUCCAAAAAUGACAUCUCUUCUGAGAAAUGCGAUUCCUGCGGACCUCGACCUGCUGUUCAAGGUUGUUAGGCCAGCAAAAGAUGGAGCGCCACCUUUGGUCGCCAUAUUCAGACGCAUUGAACCGAACAACGAACUGGUGCCUGUCAACUUAUCUUUCAUGACGGCUUUGGAGUCUUCUUCCAAGCAAGAAGAAAGAAAACCCAGACGAGCAUCUCCUCUGGCUCGUUCCUCGUCGCAAACUUCUUCCGAGAAAAAGGUCGAAGAGAAGAAGUUUGACGUGAAGAAAACUGAUGCCAAGAAAGCUGAACAGAAAAAGGGUGAAGUAGCGACAAACGGAGGCUCCAGCGACUUUUCACCAACGUUGAAAAGGAACUCACCAAUGUUGACAAUUGGUGUUAUGGAAUCCCAAAGGUCCACCGUUGGGGUUGAAGGAGAUGGCCCGGGUGUCUCUGACAGCACCUCACCAUUGUCCGAUCUCGCAAAGCUAAGCCUACUGCUGUCGCCUGAGCUGGAUGAGGAAGGCCUGCAGGGCAAUCCCCUUGCAGCGCCCGAGCUGCCCGAGGUUGGGAACUAUUUGGACGUCUACGUGACGGAAGCAGCCAACCCAUUGAACUUUACGUGUCAGUCGUGGAACGAUGGGUCACAGCUGGAUGCCCUGAUGGCAGAAAUGCAGAGCUUUUACGCGGCGGAGGGCUCCAGUGCCUUCCCCGAGGGCCUGCCCGAGGCACUGCUGUGUGAGGGGCGUUACUAUGCAGGCCGCCACGUCGACCAGAACUGGUAUCGUGUGUUGGUGCAACAGGUACAGGGGCCACAAAUGGCAUCUGUGUACUUCGUGGACUACGGGGACUACGGCAUGAUGGAACCGUCAGAGCUGCAGCCCCUGUGGCAACGUUUCAGGCACCUGCCAGUGCAGGCCAUUCAGGCAUCCCUCGCAGGUGUGAAAUCUGUACAGGAUGACUGGAAUCCAGUGGACUGCAUCAACUUCCGAAACAUUGUAAAGGACAGGAUGUUUGUAGCACGCAUUAUGGCCAAGAAGCCAGACACCAAGACUGGCGUUGCGGGUGCCCAGCAUCUUGUGGUGCGUCUUUUCGACACUUCAACCGAAGAUGACGUCCACAUCGAUCAGCUUCUUGCUGAGCGCAAUAUCGUGCGACUCGUUUCACCCUGAUGCGUUGACCAUGCAGUUUACUGUCUGCGUCAAAACGCCCCCCCCCCCCCCCCCCCUCCUCUUUCAUUAUUGGUGUGCCUUACUUUUUCCUUCGGUAUCAUCGUUACUGUAUGGUAGUGUUUUUUGUCUCCCUUUCUGAACCUGUGGAAAGCGACAAUGAAUGUGUGUGCCCGCUAUUUUUCAUGUGUGUUUCUACUACUGGCUAACUUAUUGCUUGCAAGUUGAAGGGACGUCAGGAGAGAUGAGAUGGCCUUCCAAUGUUCUUUCAUAGCUCAUCAGGGGUGGUUUAAAAGAACGUUUUACCUCAACUCCUCCACUCUAGCCCUUUGGUUUCAUUCACCUGUAGUCAUUGUGGCUGUCUGUCUGCGAAUAGAUGCCUAAGUUUACUCAUUUUCACCUCAUUUGUAAGAGCGGUUUAGGGUGGUAGACCUUGGAUGCCCUGCUCAAAAAUGUUUGCAAGGUUACAUUCCUGCUGAUUAAUUUUGUUUCGUGGCAUUGCAAGCAAAUGCAGUGUCAAUCGACACGCUUUGCCUAUAUAGACGUCAUGCCAAAUUUUGUGAACGGUAGAUUUUGUAUUGGUGCAUAUGGCAAUUUCUAACUUGAUGUUUUUUUGAAUUAAAUUGUCUUUUACAAGCACUGUUCUGGGUGAUCUGUACUUCAACCAACAUCUGCAGAAGUCAUGUGCAGUGUAAUAGAAUGGUCUAGCGUAGACCAUGCGUAUUGUUAACUAUGCACUAGAUCCCCCGUUUGAGCGCAGUGCAUGUGUGUAUGCAUAUUAUGCUAGUACGUCGUAUUUUAAUGCAUACAUAUACUUGCAUGGUGCCAUUGGCACAGCUGUGCAUUUUCGGGAUUCGAGGCCUUGUAAUGCUCAAGAUCUCUCUGCCUUAUGGUGACCUUUUGUAGGAGUUGUUUUGCUGUGACUUGGCCAAAACAGUCUUGCUGCACUUGUUUAACAAUUUUAAUGGUAGCAACGUUUUCUGUAAUUAUCAAAUAACUAUAAAUAAAUCUCAACACUGGACGAUAGAGAUAAACUGGCAGCUAAAUAGCGAUUUUCUGCAUGUACAUGUGUACAUGUUCAAUUUUCAGUGAGCCGACUUGUUCUAUUUGUUUUACCAUGUAUUGUAGUGGGGAAAAGCUCAACUUUCUAUCUCCUUGUGCAAUAACAAUAGUACUGUGAUCUAUUAAGGAACAAGGUUUGAUUUGAAACCGCUGUGCAGCAUCGUUUAUCAAAUUUGAAGCACAUGGAGUAUGAUGGAAGCUGUUGUGUGCACUGAGUACCCUGUAACACAGCGUGAUGUGCAGUGCGAGUUAAGUAUGUAUAACAUUAUAUAACUCGUUAAUCUCUAUUUUGCAUGCACGUUAAUGUUGCUUGGAACUAAGAGUGCUAGCAUAUUUUUGUUUCUCCCGAUGUGUGUGCAAUACGUAUUGAAUAAUGGAGAGCUUAUAUUGGUUGUCAUGCCUUACCUACUCUCCUCUAAGGUGUCCCUAAGGUACCACAUAGGUUUGCUAUUAUAUUAUCCCUGCUUGGGUGUUGUGAUCUCUUAAGAAUUUUUUUUUUCGUAGCAGUGAGGCUGCCUGUUUUUGUUUGUGUUCUUGCUUCGACAAAUAUUUGAUGUAGUAUAAUACUUUAUUUAAACCUGAUUGUUUGCUUUUGUUUUGUUUAGAACAAUUUUAUAACCUCCUUCAGUACUCACACUAUAUCGUCUUUCAUGUUGUGUCACUAGAAUUUUAGUAAUGGGACAAUAUAGGUAGUUGAGUGCUGUUGGCAUAGCAAUUAACAACUGUUGUUUUGCAGGUAUCUUAGUUAUAUAUGUUUCACUAUUAUAUAUGUUACUUUUGUUGUGGCCACAAAUAAGGCUACAUGUAUAAGAUGUGGUAAGCCCCACAUUUUCCAACAACAUUGAAGAAUACUUGCUACAGUUCUGUAUUUAACAGUGAAGUCUUAGUAACACUUUAACUUUUGUAGCACAAGUAAUUGCAGUGCUUUGCAGCUUAUGGGUGUUAUUUGAAACUGAGCACAAGUUGUUUCUCAGUAUACCACUUCUAUAAACUAAAGCAGAAGGUCUUUUACAGUGAUACUAUACAUUUUUUAAAAUUUUGAUUAGUUUAACAAGUGUGUUCCUAAGUCACUUAUAAAAGAGCUUUGUGUGUUGUCAGAGGCAAAUAUUAACUCAUCUUUUUUGCUACUCUUGAGUGCCUGGCAUCAACAUUUAGUUUGUACCCCAUUGAUGAUUAGGUUGCAAUAUCAACAUUCGGUCUUUUUUUUUUUUUUCAGUGCAGAAUCUACUGCUUCUUUCAUGUUUAAUGUUGUAAGAAAGCUUAUGUUGGUGCCAAGUAUUCCUUUUUCAUAUUAGUUCCUAGAAGCUCCUUUGCACCCAUGCACGAGUUCUACAUGCUGAAGUUGUGUAGGUGCCGGGAGAAUAUGCCAAACAGCAGGAAAAGGAAUGUUACUCUAAAAUCUGUGCGUCCACCUUGCUUAUGCGUUUUUUUUUCUACAAUAAACCUGCAUUCCAAAUUU